AUGUUCAACACCAUCGUGGCCUUUGCCGCAAUCGCGUCGGCGCUCAUCAUGCGCACGACCUACUCCGCCCACAAGGUAGAUACAAUGGGUAACCCUUCGCUUCUCUGUCCUAACGUCUCCCAGUUCCGCGCACUCGAGCUCAUGCUCAUUGCAUUGGCGUGCCUUUGGCCGAUCCGCGUGGUCGGGUUUGCUCUUGCUGUUGUGGUGCUCGCCGGCAUCGCAUACAGUGCGAUCACCAACUUGGGCAUCGCGGUUUACCGCAUCGUCCGCCAUCAGAUGGUCCCGACGGACGGGCCGAUUUGGGCGCACCUGCGCGCGGAGUUCUUUGCCCUCCUCGAGGAGAUUGUCUCCUACCGCCAACGUCCCGCAGACGUAUUUCCAAUGUGCGGCUCUUAUCCCACCGCACCAGGAAUCAUCACAGUCAUGAUGUUCGGUGGCGCCACGGUCUCUGCAGUCACAACCCCGAGCGACUACGAGUCUGUGCGGAGAGACCUCAUCCUGCAAUACCAAUGCGUCCGCGAGGCCCAGAUCGCCAGCUACUUCGCGAGAAUAAAGCGGGAGGCAGCGGAACGUCUCGCCGAGUCGAAGAAGAAGGAGGAGCAAGAACGCAAACAGAGAAAAAUCGCGUUCGAGCAACACGCCAUCGCGCAGCGGAACUACGCAAACCCGCACAUGGCACACUGUCCGUUGACGAGGGAGCUACACKCUACGUGUCGGUGCCACGUUGCUGCUCCCUCGCAGCUCAAAGAGUCUUGCCGGACGUACGCGGAGCCGCGCAAGCCAUCGCCCUUCGAAUACGGGCAAGGCGAUAAGAGCAACGGCUACCGCGCAGGGUGUCGGCGCAACGCCGCAGAGCGCCGCCAGACCCGCCCUCCUAUUGCUGCUGUUGCCGCUAAGCAACCAUGGUCCGCGGUAGAGAGCGAAGCUGCUCUGGCAAAGCUGAGAGCUGGUCUCGGAAUCCCAGACCCGAGAACAUCGCCUCAGGUGCUGAAUCAGUCAGACGUCUGCUACUGGACCAUCUGGCACUAUCCGGAGGUGCGGGAGGCCUACCGUCAGUGGCAGGCGAAUCACGCGAUGCCGCCUCCUGUCCAGCAAGGCUAUGCUGCAGGCUACCCGCAGAACCCUCCCGCCGCUCCUCCGGCUGCUUCUCCUGUUGUUGCCGCUCCUCCGGCUACUGCUUCUUUUGUCUCCGCUCCUCCGACUGCUUCUCCUUUCGCUGCCGCUUCGACCACCGCUGCUCCUCCACCUGCGGUAGCAAUGCCGCCACAAGGCACUUCUUCUUCCUCUUCUUCCGCCGCUGCUGCACCGACGCAGCCCAUCCGUAAUGCGCAGGCGCCGCCACCGAACGGUGUCACGCCUUUCAUCAUGACGUCGGGCAACAGUGUCUCAUCCUCCAUGCCUGCUCAGGCCUCUGGUCCCCCGGCAGCGACAACGACACAGCCCAUCCGAAAUGCGCAAGCGCCGCCGCCGAACGGCGUCGCGCCUUUCAUCAUGACGUCGGGCAACAGUGUCCCAUCCGCCAUGCCUACUCAGGCCUCUGGUCCACCGGUAGCGACAGUGACGGGAUUUAAUAGCACGAUCGCUACCACAAACGCACCUGGGCCUGCGAAUCCACAAGGCCCAGCACCAACCAUCACAGCUCCGACAUUGGCUCCAAAUUCCAAUGGUCUCCUUUUCCCUUCUGUUGGCCCUGGUUGUGGAUCUUUGGAACACAAUCCCAUCAUCAACACACAAGGCAAGAUGCCCAAGGACAAGAUGGUCAAGCGCUUGAUGCAGCAGCUAUUAUGGCCUCUUAGCAGCUUUGACCGCAACAAGCCAAACGAUAGCACCGCACCCCUGACCUUGGCCCAGUCUCUCGAUGGCCUUCUGAGCCACAUCACUGCACUCCAUCAGUAUGUUGCCUUGGAUGGGGUCUGGCAGACGAACAAGAUCGGCUAUCAAUUGGCUGCUGCGGUCGGCUUCAAGGGGCUGGAGUGGGAACAUGUCAAGACCGAACUCGGCGCAUAUGCUCAGAUGGGAGUCCAAUCGCCAGAUCAACCCAAGGUUCUGGCCGCAUUGGACGCUUUCAACAAGCUGGACCAGCUGAUUCCAGCGGGCGUAGUUGGGUAG